AUGGGUUUGCUAUCAUUAGGUACACCUUUAGAUUGGCAUGAAUCAAAAAAAUAUAAUGAACAUGUUAGAGAAAAUGGUACAAUACAAUUAAUAAAUAUUUUUAAUCAACAUUUUAAUAGAAAUAAUGAUAAAUUUUUAUGGGGUGAUGAAGUUGAAUAUAUGUUAAUAGAUUUAAAUGAAACAAACCACACAGCAAAAUUAUCAAUUGAUAAAGAUUAUAUAUUAAAUGAUUUAAAUGAUGAAUCAAAAUUAUUAAAAACCACUAUUAAUAAUAAUAUUUCAUUUCAUCCUGAAUAUGGUAGAUUUAUGUUAGAAGGUACUCCUUUAAAACCUUAUGAUGGUUCAAAUUUAAAAGAUUAUAUAUAUGUUGAAGAAAAUAUGAUAAAAAGAAGAAAAAUUAGUGAAAUAAAUUUACCUUUAAAUAUAAAACCAUUAACUUUAACAAGUUAUCCAAGAAUGGGAUGUAAUAAUUUUACUUCUCCUCCAGCAAAACCUAUUGGACCAGCAUCACAAUCAUUAUUUUUACCUGAUGAAAUUAUAAAUCGUCAUGCAAGAUUUCCAACAUUAACUGCAAAUAUAAGAAAAAGAAAAGGUCAUAAAGUUUCAAUAAAUUUACCUAUAUAUCCUGAUAUAAAUACAAAAUUAUUAGAUGAUUCAAUACCAACCAAUAGACAAUUAUUUAAAAGUGAUAAAGAACCAGAAUUAGGUGCUUCAAAACCAGGAUAUGUGUAUAUGGAUUCAAUGGGAUUUGGAAUGGGUUCAAGUUGUUUACAAAUUACAAUGCAAUGUUCAAAUAUAAACGAAGCAAGAUAUUUAUAUGAUUCAUUAAUUCCAAUAGCUCCAAUAAUGUUAAGUUUAAGUGCUGCAGCUCCCAUAUUUAAAGGUUUUUUGGUAAAUCAAGAUGUUAGAUGGAAUGUAAUAUGUGGAGCAGUUGAUGAUCGUACAUUUAUUGAAAAAAAUGAAGAACCUUAUGAAAAUUAUAAUUUAUUUGGAGGUUUAAAUAUUGAUACCACUAAAAAAAGGGAUUCACAAUAUAAUAAUCAUAGUAUAAAUAAAAAUGGUGAAUUUCAAAAUCUUUUUACAAAAGAUGGUAAACCAAUACAAAAAAUCCCUAAAUCAAGAUAUGAUUCAGUUGAUAAUUAUUUAAAUGAUUUUAAAUAUGAUACAAAUUAUUUUAAAGAUGAAUAUAAUGAUUUAAAUUCUCCAAUAAAUGACAAAGUUUAUAAUACUUUAAUUAAUGAUAAACUGCAAAAUUUUGAUAAAUAUUUAGCAAAUCAUUUUGCUCAUUUAUUUAUAAGAGAUCCAUUAGUUAUAUUUAAUGAAAGAAUAAAUCAAGAUAAUUCCAAAAGUAAUGAUCAUUUUGAAAAUAUUCAAAGUACAAAUUGGCAAACUUUAAGAUUUAAACCUCCUGCAUUAUAUGAACAAAAAGAUAAUGGAAUAAUAGAUUAUUCAAAUAGACCAGGAUGGAGAGUUGAAUUUAGACCAAUGGAAAUUCAAAUUACAGAUUUUGAAAAUUCUGCAUAUUCAAAUUUUAUAAUAUUAUUAUCAAAAGCAAUAUUAAAAUUUAAACCAAAUUUUUAUAUUCAAUUACUGAAAAUUGAGAAAAAUAUGCAAACAGCUCAUAAAGUAAAUUCAACCACCACAAAAAAAUUUUGGUUUAAAUCUUUUGAAUUAUGGAAUUUAGAUUACAAAGAAUUUAUUGGUUAUGAUUUUUCAUGGUUUGAUAGAUAUAUUUUUGAAGGUAAUGAUUGUUUAAAUAAUAAUAAUGUUUAUUUAAAAGGUUAUAGAUCAUCUUCUUCAAGUUCAAGUUUAGCUGGAUUAAAUAACAACAGUAAUUCAAAUUCUACAACAACUACGUCAUCAUCAUCAACAUCACCACCAAAUGGUAAAUUGAAUGGAAGUAUAAAUAAUGGAACUUCAUUAAAAUCUAAUAGCUCAUCAGAAAAUGAACCAAGUAAUGAAUCACAUAAUACCCCAACAAACAAUGGUUCUAAUGGCAAACCAAUUGAAGAAAUAAAUGAUAUAGAUGAUAAUGGAAAUGAUCAAAGAUACACAAUAAAUGAAAUAAUAAAUGGUAAUUUAAAAUUUCCAGGUUUUAUAAAAAUUAUAAUAAAAUUAAUCGCUUUGGAGUUAGUACCUCAAAAUUGUGCACAUUGUCCCAACAACGAAAUAGCGAUACAAUUAAUAAGAAUUAAAAAUUAUUUAUUAUUUGUAUCCAAGAGAGCAUCAGGAGAAAUCCCAACUACUGCAAAUUGGAUAAGAAAUUCAAUCUUGAAUGAUCCUAAUUACAAAAAAGAUUCAAAAGUUAAUGAAAUUUUAAAUUUUAAUUUAAUUGAAAAAAUUAAUAAAUUAACUCAAUUUAAUGAUCCUUCUUUAGUAUUGGAUUUUUUUGGUAAUGAAAUUGGUGAAUAUUUAUUAAAUAAUGAACUUAAUCCUGAGAUUAAAUAA